ACGCUGCCUACCUACGUGCAGGACCAGCGCUCCACCAAAUCCAUAGCCCAUUACACACUAGGCUACCAGACACCACGUCACACCAGUCCCCCGUAUAUCCGCCUGUCCAUCCGCCAUUAUCAUUUUUUAUCCGUCGCUUGUAACUCGCGCCGAGACACUUUUUCCCCUCACCGACACACCUAUACGAUCGCCGGCCGCAUAAACACAAACCAGUAGCGGGACGCACGCGUACAAACAGCUAUCCUUAUAAACCGGUGCCCCUUUCCGUUCCCCGGCGUUUCGUUCGAGAGAGAUAUCGUCUCGAAACGAAGAGACGUUCGCGAAAGUGACGGUUUUCGGCAGUGCGACGACGGCAAGUUCGACAAUUGUGACAGGUGUUACGAGUGCGUAUGCUCAAGUGAUCUUACUGGUGCGCGGCGACGUGAAAUCGUUCUUGAAACACGCGUUACCCGGCUAGAAACAUCCCGCUGAAUAGUGCUCGCGUCCGUCGGCCGAGCAUCCUUUAUGGCCUAGCGUGGAGUACGAGGAUUUGUGAGGAUUCCAGUGAUACACGACGAUUACCACGACGUCGAGUCCCAAUUGCUGAAAUUAUCCGAAUGUUUACGAUGCGCGCGCGUUAAUCACCGUGACAGAAAAGCAUCUCGUUAAGAUAAAUUGCGAAAUUUAGCUCCUCCUUGUUGAAGAAUCGUAAUAUAUCGCGCUUCGCACAAUUGCAAAUUCAACGACGGACUCUGACUGAUAUCCGGUUCGCGUCUAUCAAGGUAAAAGGAUGUUUUGAAGCAGCUGCGACAAACCCCGGAUAAUUCGAUUGACAGGAUAAGCGCGCACCUGGUACCCCACGCAGUCUGUCUCGCACACCUCGACUUCUUCUCGCCGUUUAAUCGAUUUACUCACCGAAUUGUAUUCCGCCCUUUCGUCUUGAUUAUCCGAUCGUACAUCUUGUCCACGACACGAAUACAUUUUUGAGGGCACCGGCAACGAGUUCACGUCGAAUCGCACGGUUUUACAAGUGAAAAGUGACAGUCGUAGGCACGCGUUCGCUUGCUCGCUCGUUAUCGUCAGCUUCCGCGUACGCGUCGACGUGUAAACGAAUAUCAACUCGAUAUUUCGAGGAAUUGACGCGUUCUCAUGGUGCUUACUUAAUAUUCGCGGCGUUGAGGUUUCGCGAACAUUCGGGGUGCGACACGCUGACGACGAGGAACGCAAGGUGAAAGUAGUUGAACUCAAGCUAGUACGAGCCACGUGAAACUGGUCACUAUUUCGCCGGGCCGCACGGAUCCUGGAGGCUUGAAAGCCCCUGCUUUCCCGCGCACAGCACGAGCGAAGCACACACAACCACCCCAACCAACCAACCGACGAGUCGACCCACCGCCACCAACCCCUACACACAACAACCCAACGAAGCAUCCCCCACUCUGAAUCGCACAACAGCCUGAGCGGAAGUGCUAGUCAGUCGGCGAGCGACCUUCCAACAUUACGGGUUAGGUUCCCUCUUUUUCCACCCGUCGUGUCUUUCAUCUCAUUUGUACGAUCGCGAGGACCGGCCGCUUUGUUUGGUUUAUUCGUGAAGAAGAGAGAGAGAGAAAAAGUAAAAGAGAGAGAGAAGGCCGCCGCAAUUAAGGGUGUUAAUCCUCGUACAAAGAUCGGAAGUAACCGCCACUUUUUAUUUUGUAUGUCGUUCGCGCGGCAGUAACGUUCUCGACUGGAUUUCUACGAUCUAUAUCCGACAGAUACUCCUAAGACAAGGUUUAAGAAGGAUACGGGGAAGGUGUUGCUUGAACGAUUGAGUGUGAUUAUCGUUCCUCAAGUUGUGCGCGAACUUUGUGUCUCCCCCCUCAACGCGAUGUUAUGAACGAAAACCUUGUGCGACGCGUGCGAUUGCAAGUGUUGUGCACCGUGGUCUACUCAUCAACUGGAAGAUGCCAAUAGAUUGAACGGAGUUGUAAAUUAUACGAUAUACACGCACAGUGUAGAUACACAUACAUAUACACACAGCAGUAUAUCUAACUACAAAGCGGGAACAUACGUUUUAUAACUUGUAUCGUCGAAUCGAGUGAUAUAAGACUCCCCGACAUCCGUUACAGAUCGCUGAGGGUGAAGCUGACACAUGCUCUGCCGACUGCGGGGAAGAUACCGUCACUUUGCCAAUUUAUACGAUGCGAUGAGACGUGUUCAGCUGUUGAGUGUUGCGAACGACGUGACGAUCAUUCGUGUAUUUGUUCCUGAAUCCUGAAGCACGUUAUCGCUAAUUUAACACUUAGUAGCCGCCCGUGUGAUGAUUUGUUCUUGAGUACUCAUUUGGCUAGGAGAGGAUCGAAUAUUUCGACGGCAACAGGGGUGUAGCGAACUUUUAUAAUUGCGGAUACGUAUUUGUACAUGUAGAGACCAAGAACCUGCAACUCACACCCGUACCGGCGCUCAAACAGAUUGACACAGAAGCUUGCCCAAGUCGACCACGUGGCCGUGAAGUGAGCGUCGACUGCGCCAAGAGUAGUAUAUGGUAAACACACUCCAUAACAAGCAGAAUUCGACAGAACUGAGCAUAAUUUUUAAGAGGAUCUCCCAGGAAUUCGCAACGAAAGUGUGUUUUAGACGCGAUUUUUUCUCCGCGUAAAACAGCGUGAUCAGUGUUAACGGAACGUGGUGCUAACGAAUUUCGAGGACUCGAAACGUCGACCGGCCGAAUUUAUCUAUCGAAACGCAACCUCCUCCGCAAACAACAAGACAAACUGGAACAAGGACUGCGAUACUCCAGCGAUUCUUUCAAUUAAAACCAGCAGUCCUACACCUACGUCAGUGAACGUUAGAGUCACCUGCACAUAGACAUACAUACACACACACGUACACAAGCAUACACAUAGCCGAGAGAUAAAGUCGAAGUGAAGCGGAUUUCUUCGUCGAUUGUCAACGUCUAAUCGGAGAAGAUUUGGCGCGGAUCAAGAAUCAACGUCAGCCACGCGCAAGUCGGGAGUAAAUCACCCCGAGUGAACAGCAAGGUAGCAAAAUCCCGCCCGCAGGCAAUCGUGAGCUCAAAGAGGCCCAGGUUGAGGUCAUUCAGACCGGCUCAACGAACGGCGUCAACAGGACGUACCAACAGGCCCCCCAACAAGGAGGGUGGGUGCAGUGGUGCAGUGGUUGCCGGAGGGCCAGCGAGCUUGGGGUGGCCUCGUCCACAGGCGCCUUGGCACCGAGCGCACCGGGCCCCGGGGCUGCGGUGGUGGGUUGCCUGGUUGGGGUGUACCCGUGUUCUCCCUCCUCCACGGGGCCCAGGGGCCCCCUAACUCAUCACCUCCAGGCUAUCCCGAAUCAGCAACAGCCGAUCGGCUGCCGUGCCUGUUGCUGCGUGCAUAGCAAUCACCAGCCAACUUCGGUCCAGCUUACCAGUCAGCGGGGCGGUCUAUCGCUGAGGGUAGCGAGGGUGGCGUCCACCACCUCCGUCCGAGCCGCCCCCUACGCCCACCCCCAGCACCAGGGGCUGGGGCAGGAGUGCAGGUGUAGGGAGGAGACGGGGGCAUUGGGUGGAGGUGGUGCGCACAUCCUCGGCAGCCCGAUGCUGUUCGUCCCGUUCACGGUACCCACCUUCCCCGCGACGCAUCAUCAGACGACUCACCCCGCGCAUCAGUCGCAUCAUCAACAGCUGCAGGCCAACAACCAGAAUCCGGUGCAGCAACCGCAGCAGCUCACGCAGCUGAAUCAGCUGAGCCAUCUGAAUCAUCAGGGCAUCGUGCCGGCAACGACCAAUCAGCCGACUAUACACAGCACCAGCUGUUCGCCGCAGCAACAAGCAACGACACCGAAUAAGGAGAUGAAAGUUAACUGGGCGACGUCGCCGGGUAACCAACCAAAGCAGGACACGAGCAAACACUAUCACAUAUUCGUUGGGGACCUGAGUCCGGAGAUCGAGACACAAACCUUGAGGGAAGCGUUCUCAGUCUUCGGGGAGAUCUCAGAUUGCAGAGUCGUGAGGGAUCCGCAAACCUUAAAGUCCAAAGGAUAUGGAUUCGUCUCGUUCGUCAAAAAGGCGGAAGCAGAGAGUGCCAUCGGUACCAUGAACGGCCAAUGGCUCGGCGGCAGAAGUAUCCGGACGAAUUGGGCCACUCGCAAACCACCCGCACCUAAGUCCGAAGCGAACGCGAAACCGCUAACGUUCGACGAAGUUUACAAUCAAAGUAGUCCGACCAAUUGCACGGUGUACUGCGGUGGAUUGACCAACGGUUUAACAGAGGAUCUCAUGCAAAAGACCUUCUCGCACUUCGGAACCAUCCAAGAAAUUCGAGUAUUUAAGGACAAAGGCUACGCAUUCAUCAGGUUUUCCACCAAGGAGUCGGCCACGCACGCCAUCGUAGCGGUACACAACACAGACAUCAACGGCCAAACGGUGAAGUGCAGUUGGGGCAAGGAAAGUGGAGAUCCUAAUAAUGCUCAACAAACUGGACAGGCGUUAUCGUCGGCGACGUACCCAUACUACGCGGCGGCGGCAGCUGCCGCCGCGGCGGCGGCGGGCGUCGCGGGUGUCGGAGGCGUCGGUGGCGUCGGCGGUGCCGGACAACUGGGAUACUGGUAUCCGCCCCAAUCUUAUCCCACGACAGCGACACAAAUGCAAGCUGGUGGCUUUCUUCAGGGCAUGCAGGGAUACACGUAUGGACAGUUCGCCGGAUAUCAACAGGCGCAAUAUAUGGGAAUGGGCAUGGGUGUCCACGCCGCUGGCACAGCGGCGGGAUGGGGCCAGGGAUUACCUGGGGGACCACAGUUACCACCACACCACGCCACGACGGUCACGGCACCCCCAGGGGUGCAAGCCGCACCCCCGCCACCACCGCCACCGGCACAAAUGAUGGCCUACCCGAUGCAACAGUUCCAGCCUUCUAGUGUGAUGGUAAGCAAGUACACCCCACCAACAGGAACUUCUACAGCAACAACAGUUACCACCACCACCACCAUCACCUCCUCCUCCACUACUACCACCAUCACCACCACCACCACCACUACCACCAACAACAACAACUACUACUACAACAACAACAUUUCCGUCAUCAUCGACGCCACCGCGACAGCAAAAGCAGUAAAACUCAUGCCACCUCCGGCUUGACGACGCGCGAGUCGAAAGGCGGCGAUCACGAAAACCAAAUGACACCCCCGCUUAGUAAAAAACAAAAAAAAAAACAAAAAACAAAAAAAAAGAAACGAAGAGGCAAGGUGAGGAGGAAAAGGAAAGAUAGCGAAUAAGAAUCAUAAUCCUUAGGUAAAACCAUUCCCCUCGAGAGCAAGAUGCAUCCAACAUCCCUUCUCCCCGUAAAAUUUUCACGUCCAAAAUAUAAGAGAAAGAAAAGCAAGAGCCGCUACCGAUUAUUAAGCGGAGAUACCUCUCGUCCAGUCUGUAGGAUAAAUCUAGCAUCUCGCUCGGCUUGAAGAAAUAGAUAGCGUUCGCCGUAAACAGUAGUGCCCGAAGCUUCGAUACAGAAUACGCGAAAUCCGGCAUACGCGCGAAUUCGCCAUGUGACGGUCCGACGAGUGGUGUGUGUGUGUUUUUUUUUCCUUUUUUUUCCCGUAGCGAAAACGGCCAAUUACGCAUACUAUGUAUCGUCCAGCGAGUACACAAGCACACGAGAAACAUGAAUCCGCACAUGUUCAACGGGAUCCCCGGUUAUCAAUGUUACCCGUAUCAAUGUUUAUCAAUGUUUUAACGAUGCGUAUAAAUUCGGACGAACUGCGAAGAAACGGAAAGGCGUCGAUACAGACCGCCGGAUACAGACUCGUUACCCGGAUUCAUUAUUUUUGUAGUUUGGGCUUGACAGCGAAAAAAAUAAUAAUAACUCAAAGACGUAAUGUCGUACGGCGCGCUCGCGCGGCCCGAUUGCGACGGCCGGCGGGCGCGACCGCGGUGUAUAAAUGAUAAAUACAAAGAUUGAUUAACCGAAGCACACACGUGAGAGAGAAAGAGAGAGAAAGAGAGAGAGAGAACGAGAGAGAGAGAGAGAGAGAGAGAGAGAGCGAGAGAGAGAAGAUAUAUAAAUAUAUAAAUAUAUAAAUAUAUAAAUAUAUAAAUAUAUAAAUAUAAAUGAAUGAAGAAAAUAUUAACAUAAAAGAAUAAAAGUUAUUAUAAACGAAAUUCUGCAAUUAGCUAGUUAGAUAGGCAUAUUAUAUUAAAAGUUGCUCGAGGCCGACUCGAAAUUCGGCGGCAGGGAAGAGGUGGAUCUUGCGCGUAUAUAUUCGCGUACAUAACGCAGCGUUUAUACCGAGGGCGAGGCGCAAUCGGGUCCUUUCGUACAACUCUCCCCCCCAUCCCGCCCCCCGUGACGAAAACCACGGAUCUACCGGAUCCACGUGUCUUAUUCGAUUUUUGCCAUAAUGCGAAGACUUCGUACAAUUCAGUUGAUGAUAACACUUAUUUAUCGGACUCGUGGCCAAACGACAAUUUGCGCGUGAAAUCUUCGCAGCGGGCGGCGGUUCAGCAACCAUUUUCUAUCAAUCGAGUCUGUCUCUCGGACGCGGCACUUAGGCCAGUUGGAUAUUUUUAUAAUAUACGAUCAGAAACACACACGUGUGCGCCGUGGCAGGCAUCGACGAAUUAGCGCGCGUUUUGGGCCGGGAAUGGCGAUGGGACGCGCGGAACGACCGAUCGCGUACCGGGGUCUCGCCGUGGUUUUUAAGUAAACGUUAGAUUUUUAUAUAAGACGACUACGUAGAACCCCCCAGUGUGGAGGUCGGGACUUUAAGGCGUUUAAGCAAUAAAAGAGUUCAGUUCGGAAAAGGAAGCGGGCAGCCAUCGAUCCCUCCGUCUCUCUGUGAAAUAAUCUCGACUGCGUGGACGAGAGAAACACACGAAUUCUUAACAACGAACGAAAAACAUAACUAAAUAAAUAAAACGAGUAAAAUAGCUAGACAAAGGCGGUGCGCGCACGCGUACAUACUGUAAUUGUCCGAAAAGCAGUGAAACGAUCACGAUCUCUCCGGUGUCCCGAAUUUCGACUUGGCCAAACUCGAUACAAAGAAAAGACGAGACCGAAAUCGGUGUAAGUCGCGGAAUAUGUAAGAAAUGCGUGAGUGCAAUCGUAUAUAUGGAAGAGCGCUAGAGAAUGUGGGAGAAAAGUGAGUGCGAACGAACGAACAUGCGAGAAAGAGAAAGAGAGAGGGAGGGAGAAAGAGUGAGUGAGUGUCAGUGAGUGCGAGAGAGACAGAGUGAGAGUGAGUGCGAGAGAAAGAGAGAGAGAGAGAGAAUGAGAAAAUGAGAGGGAGGAUGAGCGACAAAUAAAAAAUAUACAGCACAAGAGAGAGAGAGAGAGAGAGAGAGAGAGAGAGAGAGAGACGAAGAGUGGGAGGUUAAAUAAUUCGUAGGUAGGCACAUUGCACCAACAGCACGAAAGUUAGAUUAGACAAGUUUUUCUUUUUUUUGUGUGGGUUGGGGGGUUUGUCCACGCGUGCCCUGUCCGCGCGGCAGCCGUUUAGGGAUUCGAACGUACGCAACCUUCAUCAUCGACGUGCUCCCCCGCCGUUAAAAAAUAUCAGUUCGCUGAGAAAGAGAGAAUCGACCAAGAAGGGGAUGGGACGCGAAUCGACGAGGUGAUAGCACGAGCAGUUUCAAUACUUGAAAAGAUGGGAAGAGCGGCUGAAACUUACUGCAACCCGUCUCCGUUAUCUCCACGCUCGAUCUUUUGUAUCUCCAUCGUCCUAUCUCUCGCUCCUCAUACCCACCACACCCGUUCUCGCCCCUUCGGUUUUAAGUACCGCGGCUCAUGCUCGUCGCAUCGAUAAUAUCUUGUCUCUCCUCUUUUCCUCAGACCGCGGAGUUUUUGCGCAGGAACAACGAGUGAGAACAGUAGGAACGGACGCGUAUCUAAUGCGGAAACUAACGAAACUAAAACGAGCUCCGAGCUCUCGACCGUCAAGGGGGGCCCCAAAAAAAUAUAAGAUUUAUCUCGAAUCUCUCUUUUUCCUCAACUUAUGUGCAUCUACUUCAACAUUAGAUAUCAGUUUGUCGCUUGAGUUUCCAUGCAUCAAGCGACCGUGGGAACAUGAAUUAACGUUUCUUUUCUGGUUUCACUACUUCACUCUCUCCAUCCUUGUCAUUAUAUAUCCGUUGGUAAUGCUACCGCAGGCGCAGCCUUUGAGGUCCCGACGACGAGCCAUCGUCUGCCCUUGCGUGUUUGAGAUUUGGCAUUCCCGACGUGGCUCGACGCGAAUUUUCAAUAGUACUAUUCUCCCUUGUAUCGGGAAACUCACGGCUCGAAAGCGUUGCGCUUUGAAGGGGAUGCGUGAUGACUCGUCUGACGUCUCUUCCGAAUGAAACUCUCACGUGACACCACGUAUCCCAUGUACACGUGAUCCAUAAUUUCGCCCGCGAGAGAACGCGAGAGAACGUAAAAGACGAGAGGAAAAAAAAGAACGGAAAAAAGACAAGAAAAAAAGAGAAUUAAAAGAGGAAAAGAGAGAAGAGUCGGGUUAGAUAGGUAUGUGGAUGGGGAGAGUUCGUCGAUGAUGACUGAAACGAAAACGAGAUAAGACGAGUGAUAGACGACUUUGUUAUUAAUCAAAAGACAGACGGAUCGUACUUUAAGCGAAUCAAAAGCGUGUUCGACGUUCCUCAAUCAAAAGUAAAAAAAAAAAAGAAAGAAGAAGAAAGAUCGAUGAUUAAAGUGCGACGCGCGGGUACUCGAGACGCGGCGUGAAGGGAGUGAAGAAACGGCACAAUCAAACCUGCCCAACAUCGCGUAGAGUUUAGAUGUUUUGCGAUGAAAGUAGUGUCUAUCGUCGAUCCGUCGCGCGAUUGUGUCGACCGGCUAAAAGAGUGGCUUUUCCAUGAGAGGCAAGCUCGACAAUAAAAAUCGCCACAAUUCCAGUAUUUUCUAUCGCGAUGAGUGAAUCCCGAUACAGUGAUUCGUACGUAAUCGAAAUUAAGAGUGAUAGUCGUGUUGCUGCUACGUGCGUUUUAUUGGCUGCGUUUGUGUGUCGCCUCGCUUUAUUCGCAAUUUACAGAUUUCAGGGAGAGUAUUUUAAAACGAUUCUCGGUGCGCAGAGACUAGCGUCCUGAGUUCUGUUUCAUACAUUUCGGCAAAGGAUUAUCGGAGGACAUCUCGCUGGGUGGAUUUCUAUAAUUGGUUCAUUGCUCAUCAUUAUCGCGCUGUAUUAUCGUUAUUAUCAUUAAACCGGUAUGUCAACACAUUCUAUGAUGCAAUCAGAGUGUAUUAGAAGUAUUCACGUUCAUAUAUACGUUCAAAUAUUUUCUUUACCUGCACAUAAUUCUCCUAUACUGAAUGCAUUUUUAGCUUAUCCCAAAUUUUCCACCUUAUUAUACCUUUAAUUUAGUGCAACACGUGUUUGAUAUCCUUAUUUUAAUUGAGUUUUUAUACAGAUUAUCAUGCAUGAUCGCACGUUAUGUAAACACGAUCGCGAUUACUUCCGGCAUUUCUCGCAUGUUCUAAUCGAGCAUUGAUCCUUUAAUCAUCUUUCGACUUAUUUUUCUCGUAACCUGCACACUGAAAACAAUUUUGUCUAUAUCGUUAUAAUCAAAUGUUAUUAUCUUCCGUGUGACCAGUCAAUUAUCUUUAUAGCGUGUAACGAUAAAAAUUUCGAUAAGACCGUUCAUAGUAAAUUAGAACUCGAUUUUUCCACGAAUGCUAACGAAAUAUUGGAUAUCGCGUGAUUGUGCAACAUCCGUAAAUUGUUAAGAACAUUAAAAGUAUCAGGGAGAAAGAAAAAGAGAGAGAGAGAGAGAGAGAGAGAGAAAGAGAGAGAAAGAGAGAGCAAGAGAGAGAGCGAGAGAAAGAAAGAGAGAGAGAAAGAGAGAAAGUGUAUAGAUAUAUAUGGCGUACAAUAUAAAAUGCAGGUUACAAUCGUGAUUUGCAAAAGUUUUGCAUCAUUUAAAAUUCUAGCGCUUAAAAUGGAAUCGUCAUGCUAACCAAAUCUCGUUUUCUACUAGAAAUUGGGUGACUAGCCUCGAGGACACGGCACGAGUAUGCAAAGAGAAAGCAACAAAAUUAUAAAUAAAUAUAUAUACAUACAUAUAAAUACAAAUGCAUAUAUAUGUAUAUAUUAUAUAUAUAAAUAUAUAUAUUUAUAUAUAUAUAGCUACACACAUAUAUAUAUUUAUAUAUACUUAUAUAUAUACAGAUAUAUCCACAGAUAUACACACUCACUUACGCGCAGCGGCGGCGAGGGCUGUUAUUUUCAAUCGUCGUGCGUAAAACAAAGCGCUGUGCGUGAGAAAGUUAGCUCGUAAGAAGCGAACAUAAGUAAAGAAGAGAAAAGGGAAAAUAUCGUGUACAUUAUUAGUUAGGCGAAAGAAAUAAAAAUAUAGGUUAUUUUUGUGAAAGGUGGAACGAGCGAGGGGAGAGAGGGAGAACGCGGAGACCGAGUGGCAAGUGGGACCCAAUGGCAGAUUGUAAUAAGAAUUAUGCAAUAAGAACCCGUUAUUAUCGCGUACAUUCGCAUCUGUCAAUCAAAUCCGGUACAGUGACGUAUUCCCCGGGAGGCGUUCAACCAACAAAGGGAAAAACAAAAAAAGAGUUAAUCGGAUCUGAUGCACUCUACUUUUACGUUCCUUACGUUCCACCCAAUCGCUCCCCUUGUCGAAUUGCUCGCUACGCACUCCGACUCGAUUCCACCUUCGACAGAGAAAAAGUGAGGGAUCCUGCACUCUUUUAAAGAAUCAGCGUGGACGCCCGAUCGUGUAAAAAGUAUUUGAAGAAAGACGCCUUAAACAUUAAGGCGUAUAUGAUUUCAAGUAGUACCGUACGUUGUCUAGGGCAUAUACCGAGUGGAGCUAGCCGAUUUGAACGGAGUCGACGCGUUAAAUGAGAAACCAAAAAUGUAGUAUAAAAAGUGAUAUAUAUAUAUAAAUAUAUAUAGAUAAUUAUUAAUGUAAUCUAACUUAUGUAGUAGGCAAAAGUAAUGAAAGGGAAGACAAAGGGACGGUGGAAUCGCGCGCGGAAACGGUGAUUAGCGGGAAAAACGGGCGAACCGGGGCGAUAUGUAAGAUGUAAAAAAAAGAAAAAUAAAGGAAAGAAAAAAGAGGGACACAAGAAGGUAUGCGAACUCGACUAGAGAGCCAUACAAUGUAGGGCGAAACUGGCGAGAGAUCCACUUACGGUACCUAAACGUCGCGAACGCAUCCGGGAAAAGGCGCGCGAGUGCGUGGACGCGCGCGCGCACGUGCGAGCGAACGCGUACACACGUGGUGUAAAAAAAACAUAUACGCGUAUGUAAAUACACACUACACCAAGUACACAAAAGAUGCACACAGCGUACGUGUAGUUAAGUAGCGACGCGAGAAACUUAACAAAAGCUCUAGACGUAGUCUAGUCUAGUCUAGCUUGUCGAUCACUAGGUUAACGAGUAAGAAGACGAAAAAAAAAGCGUUCACGAAAAAUAGUGCAAUAACUAUAUCCGCAAAUUAUACUCAGCACCCAAGAUACACGGCACAAUACGGCAGGACGCGUGUAUAUGCAUACAUUUACUAAAAAAAAGAAAAGAAACAACAGACACGUGUACACGUACACACCGAAAGAGAAAGAGAGAGAGAAACAAAUACACACAACAGCAUACACACACAUAUAUAACACACGUGCCGCGGCUGCUGCCUCCAUCCUUCGCUCGCGUCCUAAAAAAAAAGUCGUAGUUCUCAGAUUCUAUAACCUGGUAACGUGCUGGAUAGCGUGAGAUUCAUGCCGCUUCAGGAUUUUUACCGUCGCGUCGUUUGAGCUUCAGCGAGCGACCGCACCUGACCAUCCAACCUCUCAUCGAAUCACCACAUCCUCGAGUUACAACAAAAUUUAAUGCGUGCCUUUUUUCUUCCUCGAUUCCCGAAUUCCCGUCACGUAGCGUGUUUCCUCUCUUCCCUCGUAGUAUCUCGUAACGGGUGCUAUGUUAUUUCCACCCUCCUUCUUCCCCACCCGUGCGUCUCUACCCUCGAUGCUCUCUUAUUUGUUUCUCACGACCGAUAUGUCCCGACGCCAUCCGCGCACGUUCCUCCGCCCGGACAGACUUAUCUCGCGGAGACUUACCAAACGAUAGUCGACAAUCAUUGAAGAAACAUACAUUUAGAAACUUGUACGUGUUCUUUUCACCGAGGGCUAGGUAUUAAUUAUCGUUACCGACGUGUUUGCACAAGUCCCGUGCAGGCAAUGGACAGAGGAGGUGGCGUCGGUCCUGGGGGAAGAUAAGAGAGCAAGGAGUAUCGAUUGCCCGCGAUGUGCUAUCCUAUCGUGUUCGCAAUGCUUUCGCCUCCCCGCGAGUGCACCACAAAACGCGAUUUUGAUAACGAUCGACACGUAGGCACCGCGAAUGCACACACGAAACAUAUCAUCGAGCCAAUCAGACGAUCCUACCGCUCCCAAUUAGGAACUGCAAUGAGGGACGUGGAAUGCAAUUAAGCAAUUGGUGCUUCGAGUUACUCGAACCGUCGUUGUUCGCUCGCGAAAGCGCUUUCUCUCUUUUUUACAACGAUAUAUUGAACCGCGUGACCGUUUCAGAGAAAUCAAAUUUAGCUGGCCGAUCAAUCUGAGAGAAACAAAAGGAACAGCAUUUAUCGUGCGCUUAUUUCGAUUUCAUCGCGAAUCGCGCGAGUAGCAGUGACAAUCGCCUAAUAAAUUUACUUGGAUACAAUCUCAGCGUGAUAUCGAGAGAGGCAGACAGAGAGAGAGAGAGAGAGAGAGAGAGAGAGAGAGAGAGAAAAAGAAGUAUUUAUCGAUUGCAUCUACAUAAAAGAUAAACGAGACAUUUUGGUUUCAUUCGCGACCGUGAGCUUUCGCUAACGCGACGAAUACCUACGAACGGCAAUUUAUUCGGAAAAAGGCAGCGAAUUAUCGGGAUUCUUUGCGUAUCGAUAAUCGACAUAGCCAUAUCAGACGCGUGGUUUUUUACUCGAUAAUCAUCGACUGUUGUAGAAAGUUAAGCAGAGUUAAUUUUCGAAUUUUCACGAAAUAUUGUCGUUCCAUUAGCGAGUAAAUUGCAACUAAAUGCGAGCGAGUGAACGCGCGCGCGCGUAUUCUCAUUCAUCGUCGAUAAAAAGCGCGAGGUGCAUUUAUAAUUAAAUUAUUUACAUCGAGACGCCGCUCGCGCGAGUCUAACAUAAUUCUUAACGGGACGAGGGCAGCAGUCGGGCCAAAUUGGGAUAUUUAACCGAUGCAAAGCACCUGGAAACAGCUUAGUGUUAGCGCAAGGAUGUUUAAGAGAAAAAAAAGCACACAAUGAAAGAAAAAACAAAAGUAGGAGCCGUAAGCGUAGAUACCGAAGCAUAACAUAAAGUAAUGUAUGUAUAUGAUCAUAUGUAUUACAAGAAAGACUACAAACGAGACACGCGCAUCUAUAUGUAAUACAGAUAUGUAUAUUAUAUAUACAUAUAUGCAUAUAUGUGUAAGAAGAUAAUAUUAGCCAACAGAUAGAAACUAUAUCGAAUCUAAGCUUAACGAGAUGGAGGUGGGAGCGAACGAAUGCGGGUGCGUGACAUCUGUAAAUGCGCGCCCCGCGACAUACUGUGUUAAAUACCUUUAGCCGUAAGAGAGAAAUAAGGAAACACACACACACACAUUGAAGCGUAACUCGUAAGAGAAAAUAAAUGUUGCGGCUAGCCUGCUGGACCCCCGUGCCCCUAAUUAUAAAUACGUGUAAUGUAUGGCUAAAGAAAGAAAGGGAGAGAGAGAGAAAGGGAGAGGGUGAAUGAAAGUGCGUGAAAGGAAGUGUGCGUGAGAGAGAAAGAGAGAGAGAGAGAGAAAGAGAGAGAGAGAGAAAGAGAGAGAGAGCAGAUGAACAGGGCGAGCAUGCGAAAAGGAAAGAGGCAAAAAUCGAAGGGAGUGAGUGCGUCGGGAGGAUGAAUCCAGUGAAAGAGAGCGAGAGAGUGAGAGCGAGCGAGCUAAGAGAAGAACGGAAGAGUGAGAGACAGUGAUGUAAGCGCGCCUCAGCCGAGGAAAACGUUCCGAAGAGGUAAAAAUCCAAAGAGAAGAACAACAAAGAAACACAAUUGCGAUCGCGUCCGAUUGUAGAGAGAGAAAGAGAGAGGAAAGAGAGAGAGAGAGAGAGAGAUUACGACGUUCCUUUAUUAUUCUCGUAGCUUUUCGUAUGACUUGACGAAUUCUACGUUGCGGAGCUCGUGCGGGUAUAGAUAUGGCCCCUCUCCCUAUCCCGGUGCGGUACGCGGCAUAUCACUUACGACCGUACGCUAAGAAGUUAGGUGCCUUUUUCCACUUCUUUAUGUGUAUGCAUUUCGGUAAAGAGAAAGACAACGAGAAGAAACAUAAGAGGCAGAAGAGAAGAGACACGGAGAGUUUAGAGAGACGCGAGAACAAUCGGGGGGAGGGGGCGAAACGUAAACCGGCGAAGCAUACACAUAUUGCAAUAUCACACAUAAAAAAAGAAAAAAAAUACGGCACGGUGGAGCUCGAGGGAAGGGGCCGGUACGACAUCCAUCCAUCGUGCAUCGUUCAGCACUGUGCUCAUAUGUAUAUUGCGGUAACAGCCUCCGGAAUAUAGGUGUGCGACACGUGUGUAUAGGAAGCAAGAGAGAGAGAGAAAGAGGGAGAGAGAGAGAGAGCGAGAGAGAGAGGGAGAGAGAGAGAGAGAAUCAAACGUCGUAAUAACAACCGAAAUGCGACGCGGGGGCGAUCAAGCGCUUUGUGACUUAGGUAUACUUCCGUGUUUAAACGUAUGGCCCGCGGGGUCCCAUGGCAGCCUGCAUUGCGUGCUUAAGUUUAAGGAACUGGGGACGGCUCGUGAGCGACACGCCGAGCGCGAAAGCUGUAUUAAUGUACAUGUAAUUUGCAACGACGUGACAUACGCGCGGGCGCAGCGGGCACAACAACAACAACACGACAACAGCAAGUACACAACUACUACUACUAUUACUACUACUACUACUACUACCAUCAUUACCACAACAACAAUACAUAAAACCGUGCGUAGGGAAAACGCGAGGGAACGAGUGCCGAUGUAUUACGCGAUGUGAGACAGUAGAAACAGACGCGUAUGCACAGGCACGAUAGGGGAUGCAUUACACUAACGGAAACAAUUUUCACACGACACACGUAUACACGACACUACCGCGAGACGCCCUGGAACGUGCGUAAGAAAAAUGAAAAAACGUGUAUGAUAUUAUAUAUACAUAACAUAGCAUAUAAAGUACCCUAUAAAUAAUGAUGAAUAUAAAUAAAAAUAUAUAUAAAUACUAUAUAAAAAAAGUAAACAAAGUAUAAAUAUGAAGGAAGUAUAUAAACGAAAAUAUAGGAUAAAUCACACAUAGGCUUAAGAAUACAAGAUAUUAUUAUGAUGAUGUAUGGUUGGUUUAUAAUGUAAAAUAUAUUAUAGAAAAUGUA